UUAGCAUGCAGUGUUAGCUUCUACAGUUCUUCACAGAUGGCAUUUAUUUAAAGUUAGCUAGAUUUUUCCAACAUGUUGUUGAAAUGCCCAAGAGCCACGCUAUGGCAGAAUGAAUAAUUGAGUGUAGAACUGGUAUUAUUUAAUGUGAAACGUCACCGGUGGACAUUCACUGACAUCGUUGACUCGAGCUUAGAAGCCUCAAUUUGAGAAUUGCGCGUUCCCGGAAGGGAAGGUCUUGGAUAUUGUAGUUUUAACCAGUAAACAGCAGUGUUUUUAUCCCUGUGCUCAAGCGUUGACCAUACAUCUGCGACAGUGCGACACUUAUUGUGUCUUAUAGCGCUAUGUUGUGAUAAUGUUUUGAACGUCUAUAUGUAACAAUAUUUUGACUCGUUUGGAACUGCAGGCUCUUAUGUAUUGCAAGAGUCUAGGAAUUGUAUUUUCUAAGUGACACAGUACAGCGAAUAUGGCGGACGGUGGUCGCUAUUACAGCGAGCAUGAUGACAGAAUUGGUGCCCCCCAGUUCCGUAACCGCAGGGGCCGGGGAUCCUACAGGGGGGGGCGGCCAUACAGUGAUGGACCCAGGCCACGUCAUCGAGGAGGGUUUGGGGGCCCGGGGCCACGGGCACGCUUUGGAGAUGACGAUGGAGAUGUUGCAAUGAAUGAUGGGAACUCUCAGGAUGGUGGCCCUCAGCGUAGAUUCAACCCAUAUGGACGGCCAUAUCGGAGAGGCGAUGGGCGGUUUGACAGAGACAGAGGUGGAAGAGGAAGAGGAGGUGGAGGCGAGGGUUACAGAGGCUUUGGGAGAGGUGGAGGCGGAGGCGGGGGUGGAAGCGGAAGGAACAGAAGUUGGUUUAAAAUUACGGUGCCCCAUGGCAAGAAAUACGACAAGAAAUGGCUGCUCACUGCCCUACAGAACCUGUGCUCCAUACCCUUCUCUGCUGUACAGUACCACACGGACGGCAACAAGGUGCAGUUCUAUGUGGACGACUCAGCCACAGCUAAAGCUCUUCACGGGUGUUCACACAAGAUCACAGACAAUGACGGUUACAAGGUGAUAUUGCAUAUAAACGCCUGCCCUCCUCCUUCUUUCGUUCUCACCGACCUAAAACCAGAAGACCUGGAACACCUGAAGCAAUGCAUGGCCAAGCGCUUUGAUGGCUCCCAACAGGCACUGGACUUGAACAACAUCCGAACCGAUCCAGACCUGGUGUCUCAGAACAUUGAGGUGAUCCUCAAUAGAAAGACCUGUAUGGAGGCUGUGGUCAAGAUCAUCGAGGAAAACAUCCCUGAGCUGGUUUGUCUGAAUCUGAGCAACAAUCGUCUGCAUAAACUGGAUGAAGUGGCAGAGCUGGUCAGCAAGGCACCAAACCUGAAGACACUGAAUCUGUCUCACAAUGAGUUGAAGUCUGAGCGGGAACUAGACCGGUUGAAAGGGUUAAAGUUGGUGGAGCUGUGGUUGGACCGUAACCCCCUGUGUGACCUCUUCAAGGACCAGGCCUCCUACAUCAGUGCCAUAAGAGAGAGAUUCCCCAGACUGCUCAAACUGGAUGGUAAUGACCUUCCCCCGCCAAUAGGCUUCGAUGUAGAGACGGCCACCACAAUCCCACCCUGCAAGGGCAGCUGGUUUGGUUCUGAUGAAAUCAAGGGCCUCAUCUUGCGGUUCCUGCAACAAUAUUACAGCAUCUAUGACUCGGGGGACAGACAACCUCUCCUAGAUGCCUACCACGAUGGCGCCUCCUUCUCUCUGAGCACGCCCUAUUCCAACCAGAACCCGUCCAGGUGCAGUUUGGGAGAGUACCAAAAAGACAGUAGGAACCUCAAGAGACUGAAAGAUCCCUCCAUGCGGUUCCGCCUGCUGAAACACACGCGCCUUAACGUAGUGGCGUUUCUUAAUGAGCUUCCGAAAACCCAGCAUGACACUGCAUCGUUCAACGUGGAUGUGAACACGUACACGAGCAUGUUGUUGUCGUUCACAGUUAGUGGUGUGUUCAAAGAAGUUGAUGGUAAAUAUCGAGACUCUGUCAGGGCCUUCUCUCGGGUCUUCAUCACUGUGCCUGCCGGGAACUCUGGCUUGUGCAUAGUGAACGACGAGCUGUUUGUGCGCAACUCCACCACGGAGGAGAUCCGGCGAGCAUUUGUGGCCCCUGCUCCCACCCCCUCCAGUAGUCCCGUGCCCACCCUCACCGCCCCGCAGCAGGAGAUGCUCUCUGCCUUCUCCCUCAAGUCUGGCAUGAAUCUGGAAUGGUCCCAGAAGUGUCUACAGGACAACGAGUGGGAUUUCAACAGAGCUGCACAGAUCUUUACAGAACUUAAGACUGAUGGAAAGAUCCCAGAUGUCGCUUUCAUAAAGUGAAGAGUUUAACACUACUUAUUAUGGAAUAGUAAUUUUAGAUUUUCUGUGAAAAAUUGUAUUUAUAUUUUCUAUGGACUUUUGUUUUGGUUUAACUGUUAUUCUUUGUUUUUCUUUUUGCUAAAGUAGGAUGGUAUGCUAUGACAAGUCACCAAAUUCUUGUUUUAACACUGUCGCAGUUGACGAAUUGAAUACCUCAAAAUCUUGUUUAUUGUACUCUUAGUUUUAAGUAAUUUUCUAGUGUUGUUCAUGUUUUCAUAGAAAUAAAGCCAGUGACUGUGGGCUGUAUUUGUGUUAGACUAUUUGGUGGUUUAGGUUGUACAGAUAAAUAUAUAUUUUUUUCUCUAAAAAGUU